GCUUGCGUGGUGGAGGCGUCGGUCUCGGACACCAGAUCUCUCGUUUCCAUCGGGUAGAUGCUCUACUGCAAAGAUGGACAACAUACCCAAAACCCGAAGGACUUUCUGUAAGAAAUGUGGCAAGCAUCAGCCUCACAAAGUGACCCAGUAUAAGAAGGGCAAGGAUUCCCUGUACACCCAAGGGAAGCGGCACUACGAUUGGAAGCAGAGUGGUUACCGUGGGCAUACAAAGCCAAUUUUCCGGAAGAAGGCCAAAACUACAAAGAUUGUGCUCAGGCUUGAGUGUGUGGAGCCCAACUGCAGGUCCAAGAGGAUGCUGGCCAUUAAGAGAUGCAAGCAUUUUGAACUGAGAGGAGACAAGAAGAGAAAGGACCAAGUGAUCCAGUUCUAAAACUUGUGUUUUCUGAGAGGAAAAUGCUGAAGCAGUAGGAAAAUUACCUGUUAGAAAAUAAUGUUAUUGUUAUUAAUACCUAAAAAAAAUAAUAAAAAAAAAAAUAAAAAAAAGACCCUGGAGACCAUAGAACAGGAAACAGCAGUUAUACCAGUUUAGAUGACGGACAGCAGGCAGGCGGCUGGCUGUAGAUUCAGUAGGCCAAAAAAUGCUGACCCCUGAGCCAGUGGGGCGUGAGCAAGAAGCAAUGUGAUUCCCACCACAAACCACUCAGCUGUGGCUAGCCUGCACUCAGGUGACUUCAUGUUCAUGUUGAAUAUUGAUCUAAUCCAAUUAUACACAACUGUAUCAGAGAAGUGGGAAGGAUUCUGAGGUGAGAGUUCAGAGGGCCAAAUCCUAAUCUAUUAGCACUGCACCAUCAAAUGAAGUCUGAGCACAAAACUCCGCAGAACAUACAAGCAUGCUCCUCGGAAGUGGAGAAAGUACCUGAAGAAGCUAAGUGACGGGAACAUGUAUAGUUUAACAUAAAAUCCCUGUCGGAUUGUUUUCCUAUUUAAACUGGGUGUUCAUGUAUCUGGUAACAAUAAAAGGGAAGAAAUACGGGUCUCGAGCUGAUAUAUGUGCUGUGUAGGA